AUGGUGCCUCCCAAGUCCGGAAAGAAGACCGCCGCCCUGCCCUACCCCCAGGGUAAGGCUGGUACCAAGAAGGCCAAGAACCCUCUCAUCGAGAAGCGUUCCCGCAACUUCGGCAUUGGCCAGGACAUCCAGCCCAAGCGCAACCUGUCCCGCUUCGUCAAGUGGCCCGAGUAUGUCCGUCUUCAGCGCCAGAAGAAGAUUCUGAACAUGCGUUUGAAGGUUCCUCCUUCCAUCGCUCAGUUCCAGAGCACCCUGGACCGCAACACCGCUGCCCAGACCUUCAAGCUCCUCGCCAAGUACCGUCCUGAGACCAAGGCCGAGAAGAAGGAGCGUCUCACCCAGGAGGCCACCGCUGUCACCGAGGGUAAGAAGAAGGAGGAUGUCUCCAAGAAGCCCUACCACGUCAAGUACGGUCUCAACCACGUCGUCGGCCUGGUCGAGAACAAGAAGGCUUCCCUCGUCCUGAUCGCUCACGACGUUGACCCCAUUGAGCUGGUUGUCUUCCUUCCCGCUCUCUGCCGCAAGAUGGGUGUCCCUUACGCCAUUGUCAAGGGUAAGGCCCGUCUCGGUACGGUCGUCCACAAGAAGACCUCCGCCGUUCUGGCCCUGACCGAGGUCCGCUCCGAGGACAAGUCUGAGUUCUCCAAGCUCCUCUCCACCAUCAAGGAGGGUUACACCGACAAGUACGAGGAGACCCGCCGCCACUGGGGUGGUGGUAUCAUGGGUGCCAAGGCCAACGCCCGCCAGGAGAAGAAGCGCAAGGCUGCCGAGGCCGCCAUCAAGGUCUAA